AUGGCGCCUCCUCAUACCAGGGUCGCCAUUAUUGGCUCCGGUCCUGCCGCUCACACCGCUGCCAUCUAUCUCUCACGUGCCGAGCUCAAACCCGUCAUGUAUGAAGGCUUCCUCGCUGGUGGUACCGCCGCGGGCGGCCAACUUACAACCACCACCGACGUGGAGAAUUACCCAGGCUUCUCCAAGGGUAUUGGAGGCUCGGAGCUGAUGGAAGAGAUGAAGGCACAGUCCCUCCGGUUUGGCACAGAGGUCAUCACCGAAACAAUCACAAGGGUCGACCUGAAAUCACGGCCGUUCCGUUUAUGGAGAGAAUACCAAGAUGGAGAAUCAGACGAGCCGGCGCACACGGCUGACGCCGUCAUAAUUGCGACCGGCGCAAAUGCGAGACGAUUACAUUUACCUGGCGAGGAGACUUAUUGGCAGAACGGUAUAUCUGCAUGCGCAGUUUGUGACGGCGCUGUCCCCAUCUUCCGCAACAAACCGCUCGUUGUGAUCGGCGGAGGUGAUUCUGCCGCAGAAGAGGCCAUGUUUUUGACAAAAUACGGCUCCCACGUCACUGUUCUGGUGAGGAAGGACAAACUGCGAGCCUCAAAAACCAUGGCGAAACGACUCUUGGCGAAUCCAAAGGUGACGGUGAAGUUUAACCACGUUGCAGUCGAGGUGCAAGGAGAAGAUAAACCCCGAGGACUCAUGACACAUCUCAAAGUAAGAAACGUGGUCACAAAGGAAGAGGAGAUCCUGGAUGCCAAUGGCUUGUUUUACGCGGUUGGCCACGACCCGGCAACCGCCAUUUUCAAGGACCAAAUGGAUACUGACGAAGAUGGCUACAUUCUGACGAAACCGGGCACAAGCUAUACCAGCAUCUCGGGCGUGUUUGCGGCCGGAGAUGUGCAGGACAAACGGUACCGACAGGCCAUUACCAGCGCCGGAAGCGGAUGCAUAGCUGCUCUCGAGGCGGAGAAGUACUUGGCGGAGUUAGAGGACUCUGAGGUGGACCUUGAUAAGGAGAAGCAGGCGAAGAAACCAGAGGUCAACGGCGAAACAGCCCCAGAGUACAGAUCGAACCCGCUGUUGUAA